AAGAAAAAAUUUAGAGUAAUUAAAUAGCCGACAAUUUAAUUUUGAGAUAAAAAAUACAUUUUUAAAUGGUCGUACGGGUUUUUUAUAUAUAAAAACAUCCUCAACAUUCACCAAAAGGUCGACGAAAUAAAAACACUCGCUAGGGUAAAAUUCUUUUGUUUGGCAACACUGGUAUCACUUUAACGCGCCAUUUCUUCCGACUCUGGUAUCCGAGACAGUUCGUUCGAACUACUCGACAACAGAAGUCGUCCGUUUACAUUUUGAGUAGGUCAUAUAUAAAAGUAAAGCAACAGGUGUAUUAUCAUUAGUAUUAUUACGAUAAUAAAUUAAUCGGUUAUAGAAAAAAAAAUUGACAUCUCUAAUUUGGGUUAAUGCGUGAAUUUAGUGUUUAUUUGAAUAUAUUUAAAAACGCUGGAUAAUAAAUUCAAAUCUAUUUUACAUCAAUUAUGUAAAUCCAAAAGUGUAUUUGUGUCAAAGUGCCCCAUAUUUUAAAGAAAAUUCGAAUUAACUAUUCCUAGUUACGGAUAUUUUGGAAAUAUGCCCCUGAGUACUGUUUGUAUUAGUACUGUCAAUAGUCGACCCAGGACUUGGUCGUCGUAUUCAAAUAUCCGUGCCAAAAAUGUCAACGAUUUCCUCAACAUGAAUAGUGCCGAUGAUCUAACAGUUUAUCGAGAUAAUAACGAAUCAUUUCAUUCGCCUAACCUCCAAAGACGAACCUUGGGUUGUAGUUACGAUUUUCCCGAAAAAUCGAACAAAAAAGAUAAAAAAUGGUCGAUAAGCAAUAUAUUUCGACGAAAAAAGAAAGAAGAAAGCGAGAGUAGCAGCGAGGAGGAUAUACAGAAAAAAGGAUUUCUUAGUAGGAGAAGAAAGAAAUCAGAUAGCCGAAAGAGACGAUCAGUAAAACCAGCCAUACCAUUCGAUCACGUCGUCAUGCAUCCUGGUUGUCGUAAUUCGCUAAGUUAUAACGGAUAUAAUUACGGUGAAGAUGUUGGUGUUUUAUCGGAUCCUACCGCCGGAUUUUCUAAUUACGCCGAUAGAACAUUACCGCACAUUACUCCGCAACAAGAAUCCACUCAGAUAAACAACGAUCUUACUAAAAUUAAUUCAGUAUCCGGUUCCGCGGAUAGCGUAAGAAAAAGUAGACGCGGUCAAACUAAAGCUCGAGCUGAAGCUAGAAGAACGUCGUCUAGAAACAAUAGCAGCUCCGAUGAAGGAGAAUCUCAACAUUCAAACUCAUCAUUGAAAAUUCGCAGUGAAGAAAAUUUGAAAAUUACCGAUAAACAUCUCAACAAACGAUCGAGAGCAGCUAGAACCGAAAGAUAUUUAAAAAGACAUUCUCGCGAUGGCGAAAAUCCGCAUAAUUAUUUAAGACUAUCUAAAUCUGACGUGGAAAGUUCUCUAAUGAAUUGGAAAUAUUCCGACGAUAGUACCAGAUCGCCCAGUAGAAGUCCAUUGGUACCUAAAAUAACACCAACAACGGAUAGUAAUCAUAAAUUAUCGUUUUCUAGUUUAAAUUCGCAAACCAGUAAUAUAUCUGGAUUAUCUACUAUACCUCCUAGUCACUACACUUCCGGUAGAUUCCGGGUUAGCAAUUCUACAAGUAACCCAUCUUAUAAACCACCUCAAUCAAUGAAUGAUUAUAAUAAUAGCAUUAGAAAGAAUAUUCCAGAAAAAUAUCUUGCCGAACAGCGAAGUAUUUCUUGUGAUGCUAAUAUACACAAAGCCGAUUAUUCACCGGAAGUACUUCACGUGCAGUUUCCUAUUAUGAGACCUAAACGCGGUUUUAGAAACUUGAGUCUCGUAGAUACUUCUCAAAUAAACAAUUUGAGACACCAGCCUCCACCGCCGCCGCCGAGAGAUCCUACUAGAUCGCAUUAUUUCGAAAGCGGUAGACCAAAUACAUUUUAUUUCGACAAUUCAACGUAUUCCAAAACAAAACCUUUCCAUAACGAACAAAGGAAAUAUAAUUCUUUUAAUCUCCAUCCUAAUUUUCGUUCUACGUCAGAAGAUCAAUUAGCUGGAAAUUCUUUUAAUGUUCAGUUACAGUGUAGGCCGUCGUCUACUACACCCGAAUCUCAAAAAUUAAAAAACGAAGAAGUUAAAAAUUAUAAUUAUCUAACGGAUAAAAAACCCAGAAGCAGAAAACCGAUAUUUAUUAAACCGAGCGGUAAAACAACUAACGACGAAACUAAUACUAACAACGAUUGUAAAAAAGCUUUGAAUUUUUGGAAAGAAAUAGAUCGACAGAAUUCUUUAACAAAAAAAAAUGUGGAAAAACCGCAAAUGUUUACUAGUCACACGCAAGUACAAACCAAAGUCUUCCUCCCCAACGAAACAUCUAAUACAAAAACUAUCUCUAGUCAACAAGCCCCAACGAAAUUCGAAGUAAAAGAAAUACCUUUGAAAGACGAUUCUUCUUCAAUCGGCUCGAUCAGUAAAGAAGAUAUAAAACGAAAAUCGGCCAAUUUAGAAGAAGCCUUAUACGAAUUAGAAGCUAUAUACAACAGUUUGAAACUAGGAGAUGAAGAUUUACUCGAAAGAGCGGAACAACGAGAAAAAGAAAAUCAAUACAAGUUAUUACAAGAUCUUUCUUAUCCCAGUUACACAUCUCGAGGAGCUCUAAGCGAUUCCGGUUUCAGUUACGAACCAUUCGAUACCAUCGAUUCACCUCGCCGUAAAAGAUUAUCCAAAAGAAAUAACAAAAUAGAUCUUAAACUUGACGAUAUGGCGUUUAGAAAAUUGAAUAAAGAUAGAGCAAACACCAUAAACGAUCCGCAAUCUGUUACGUCCCAAGUUAGUUACUUAAUGAGGUCACCGGUUUUUUCUAGGGUACAGGAACCUUUGGAACCGAGUAACAAUAACGAACCGGAUAUAACUAGAGAUGACGUUGUAUAUAGAAACGUUAAACACUCCAAUAAUUUAUUAAAAGUGAUAGAACCUCAACCGCCUUUCGGUAUUCCUUUAGGACCGAUAACACCUGCCGCGAACAGCGAUUACCUUCAUGCUAAACCCGAAACUAUAUACAAACCUACUUUUAAACAUAAAAAGAUACCAGAUGUAGUUAAAGACGAUUUAGCUUUUAGGAAUUUACGUAAAGAUUCUAAUAAAGGUCCGGCGCUACCGCCUUUGUCUAAUGAAGAUAAUAAAGUAGAUACAUCUCUAAGUUAUUUGAGAAAAAAGAGAGCUCAACGAUCCAUGUCCGCUAAUAUAGGAAGUAUACUUGGUAAUCGUUCAGACGGAGGUAUUAAAUCUAUUAGAAAUACUAACGAAGACGUCGAAAAUGAAUUUAAAACUUUAACCGAUAUAGCAGAUGCAAUGGAAAUAGCGAGAAGAGUACUAAAAGAAAAAGAAAACAAAAUAACUGCUACAAAAAAAGCUUUUAUGAGCGAUACCGAUGCAAAUUACAUACAUUCUAAUGAUGCUCACAAAGAAAGUAGAUUAAACUUUUUGAACGGAUUAAAGAAUGUAGAUUCACCAAAGCUAGUAAACAAUUUGAGUUUAAAACCACCAAGAGGUUUAACACCCGAACGUAGACGAUCUCCCAAAGAAUCGACGCCGAUUCCGACGUCUCCGUUCGAAGAUAAGAAAAUGUGUAACGACGAAUCAACUUCUUCGUCUUUAGACGAUUUGUUGAACGCAUUAGCCGAAGAAGCUAAAGAAACUACCGAACGCAUUACCAAAGAAUUAACGAAACUAAGCGAAGAAAAAGAAAAUUUAACGAAUAACAUAGCGGAAUCUUUGAAUAAAAGACUAUCAAAAGACGCAGUGUCGAAUCGAGCGGAAAAACUCUUAGAAAACGUGGUAGAUAGUACGAGCUGCGUAACUGUUGAAAAAAAUGAAGAAGAACAAGUUAAACAGUUGGUUUCACAACCUGCAAAUACGGAAUCGGCUACUUUAGUCAUGUCUAGGUUUCACGAUAACGUACAAGAAGAAAGCGCCAAGGCCGAAUCUGAACACGACUACGAAAAUUUAAUUUCGGAUAACGAAACGAAUAAAAGCCGAUCACCUUUCGAAGAACAUAAAGCCGAACUUGUUGCUACGUUCCAAGAACUCAAACAACAAGUUGAGGAUAUAAAUUUUCCAAUCGAUAAGUCGAAAAAGGAUGCGAUUAACGAUGAUCUAGAAAAUGAUGCGGUUACAGAUUAUGACACAGAAAUUCGUCCGCGUCUCUCUAGAUUGGUGCAAUGUUGUUAUGCUGGAAUCAUUAUAGAUCAACACACAGAUAUGACUGAUAAUCCGGAAACAAGGAACGAUAGAAUUGCCCGCUAUAAAGAGGAACGAAAACGACAACUAGCCGAACAAUUUUCAAAUCUUCAUUCACCGUCAAGGGCAAUCAAAAAGGGUAGUACUAAAGAUGGGAGUUCUUCCAGCAACUCCGAAGGCCCCCGACCCACGAGAGCCUCCAGACUGAGAGCUGCAGCUUUGUCCCAAGAUAACAUAUCUAGCCAGCAUAGUCCAACAAACAAAAUACGUCCCGAGAAAUCUCCUACGUGCGAUUCAAACAACGGAAGCGAUACAAAGGUCGGCGGAACUAAGAGAAUAGAUAGAGAUAAGAGCAAUAAAAGGAAGUCGAAUCUGAACCGGUCGCUAAACUCGGAAGAAGUUCCGCAAUCUGAUUAUAGCAAUGAAACAAAAGAUCGUCGCCACCGAAGACGUUUCUUUCCUCCCGAAGUAUUAGAAUCGUCUUUGACGACAACUUCAGGAGAUGAUCGUGAAAAAAGAGAUAACAACAUCACUGCCUCCAAAACGCAUCCAGCUUCAUCGCCGAUCACUGCCGAAUUAUUUUCAUCUUAUUCAUCAAAACUCACAACACCUAAAAAAUCAGAACUUAGUGUUCACAUGGAAAAUGCCAGACGAGGUAUCGCUCCAGCUUUCUCUGAAAUGGGAAAGUACAAGCCCUAUGCCAAACGUAUCGUUACCUCUAGUCCUAAGUCUUCUACUGCUAGAUUUAACUUAGAUAAUCAACUGAAUACUUCGAGUAGUCCUAAAAAUAUACCAUCGGAUGAGGAAAGAACAAAAGCCAUAGCUUGCAGAAUGGAAGGACUAUCUGUCCUUACUAAACAAACUUUAGCGAGGGUCGAAAGAUUAACCAGCAAAACGCGCGAUUCUCCUCGAAAAGAUUCGCCCGUUUCGCAACUUUCCGAUAGUCCAAUUAGACAAACAAAAUGUUAUAAAAAAACUCCGGAAAAAUCAAGAUUAUCAUCAAUCCUUAAAAAGAAAUCGACCGAAGAACCUCCUUUCAUAAUUAUAGAACCAACCACAACAUCAACAUCUACCAUAUUAUCUGGGCCUGUUUCUAUUUUAAAGAGAAAAGUGUCCCAAGAUGAACAUAAACAAGACGGAAGUGGACAUACAAGUACCCAUACUCCUCCAGUAACUUUUUCGCCGAACGUUCUAGAACCCACAACCACUAAAAGUAAACAAGGUAUUUUAAAGAAACGCCGCAGUCUCGACGAAUCGUCGGUGAUGAGGCAUCGUAGUUGUAGUCCGGAUGUAGCCAAUAAAACCGAUUCCAAAUCUAUAUUAAAAAACCAGAGACGUUCUUCUUUGGAAGAAUUAAGAAGAACUCGUUCACCCGAAACGCCCCUACAAGGUAUAUUGAAAAGAAGAACUUCCAAAUACGAUGACGACGAUCAUUCUUUGAAUUCUCCUCAGAGUAUUUUGAAAAGAAAAUCGGGUGCUAGCAGUGCGGGUUCGACUAGUAGCACUCCGCACGUUUCUAUCACAACAGCUGUGAUAUUGGCAGCCGCUGGUGGCGCCGAGAUGGUAUUAGAACCCGAAGGAGAAGCCGUUAAACCCAUACUAAAAAAGAAAAGCUUCUCCGAGGAUUAUUCGCAUCAUAGUGAUACUCCUUUGGACGCUCCUAAACCUAUUCUAAAAAAGAAAUCGAGUACCGAUACCGACGAUUCCGAAGAAAAACCUAAACCUAUUCUAAAACAGUCCAGGACUUGUACUGAAAGAGAAUCAUUCGACGGUAAUCAAGAAUUUAGGUUAUUCAAGCACGCUUCUUCCAGUGAGACUGAUUGCGACGUUAAACCGAUUCUUAAAAGUAGAGACGAAUCGGGACGUCAAAGACUGUCGUUUAGCGCUGAACAUAAAAUAGAUUCGAGACGGAGACCUUCGAGACGCUCAAACACCAUUUGUACUGAUUUUAAUGUAAGAAAUUCUCGUUUGGAAAACAGGGAAACGGACGAUACGCUCAAUAAAUCCAGACCGUUUUCGGUGCACGAAUUGGUCAUGUCCUUCGAGAAUAGUUGCUCAACUGGAGCUAUUCCUAAAAGGAGUAGUCUUAAGAGAAAUAGUGAUAGACACAAGACUCAACCGAUUACUUCCAAUGAAUUAGAGGCAAGCCGCCAUUUAGUGAGAAGCCCACAACAUUUCAAUAUAGACGAAAACAAUAAAUCGAAUUUAUCUCGCAGCUUUGACGUUCAUUCGUUAUUAGAUUUUACUUCGUCCUUGGAAAAUGAUAGCAAUUUGAACAGUUUCUUCGCAUCCUCGCUAAACAAUCCAACCAGUCCGGAAAGUUUCACUUGCGGUAAAAUGUCUUCCGAUUCCGCGUUUCAAUCUUUGGGAGACGGUCUCGAGCUAGAACAGGAUGAAGAACUGCUUCAGGAUUCAAAGAAAGAACAGAGUAAACCCAAGUUUAAACAGCAACCAUCGCCUUUAGAAUUACAAAUGAAAGCGAUUGCUGAGGAGGCCAAAAAAACGAAACUAGCCAAAGGGAAUGUCGGUAUUGAUAGAUACCGCUCACGACGUUCAGGUGCUAAUCCACAAUUUGCUACUCAACCUGUAACCUUUGAAGAAAUAGAAGCUGCUUCGAAAAUUGCUGACAAUGCUGCGGGUGAUGACGAAGCCGAUCCUUGCAAUAUGAGUUUCGAAGAUAGAUUAAAGAUGUUCCAUCAAAAAAUCGAUCGAACCUCCAUUAAAGCCGUUAAACGAACACGACUUUGCCGUACUCGCUUUGCAACAGAUGUAGUCGACCCUUUCGAUGUAGAAACUGCACGCAGCUUGUUUGCAAAACCGUCCCGUGCUUUAGGUGGUGAUACAAGCGAUGACUAUGACAAAACAACAGAAGCUCGAAGUAUUUUAAAAUCGACGGAACCUAGCCAAAUGGGUAGAAAUUUAUCGCCGCCUCCGAAAAAAUCAGUAUUAAAAAAAUUUCAUUCGUUUAACAUUUCCGAUAAUCGGAAACCAAUCCUCAAAGUCGAAACGUCGCCGGACAAAGACGACGAAGGUAUUUCGUGUAAUGAUUCGGAUUCCGGCUCAGAUUCCGAUGUAUCGUCGAACGCGGUUCGGGAAAUUGCGAAAAGUGACGAGAGAAAAAUCGCGAACAAAAUGGGAAAAUGUAGUGGGGAUAGUACUUCGGAGGGGGAAUCUUCCGGUGGAAGGGAAGUUAGAAGUAUUUUUAUGAACGAAAAUCGACUAAAAGUCAAUUUCUUUUUUUGCAGACAAACGCUGGAAGGUGUUCUAUUAAAAAGCAAAAGUCAAAACGCAGUCGGUAAUGAAUUAUCUCCAAUACCAACUAAAAGAGUCGUCAACAUCCGAAGAUCUCAAACUCAAAACGAAAUGCCUCAAGCGAUUGCUGAUCUAAGAGCCAGACUCCAGGAAAGAGGAGAAUCGGACUGGAAGAAAAGGGUAAUGCUGAACAAUAACGCCAGUGAUGAAUUGAAAUUGUUGAAAGAGAAAAAUAAAUAUAAUGAUGAACUCUCCGAAAAAUCUCUAUUGGCGACCAAGAAAGACGAGUUGGAUGCGGCGUCCAGGCAUUGGAAAUCGAGAGUGGAAAAAUCCGACGCCCAGAAAUUUUCUGUGGCUGGAAAAAUGAGCGAGAAAAUACGAGAUGCUGUACCAACAAUAAAUAUUCCAACCACAAACGACAGCAACAAGAAAAUACCUCAAGCGAAAAGGUUCAAAUUGAAAGAAGGUCCUAUUUCAACGCCGACCUCGCCCGAAAAGAAUGGUAAUUAUGAUCUCACUAGAAGUAAAUCACUUUCGUAUCCAUCCAGUUACAUAUCAAAACAAGAUACGGAAAGUUCUAAGCACAUUAUAAAAUCGGUAACAGUACUUAAUCCGGAUGACAUUACAUUACGAACAUUUUUCAAAAGUCCCGAAAACAAAGAACAGGUGGACGUUUGUUUGGACGAUCUCGAUGUUGUGGAGAGACAAUCGUUGCUAGUCAUCAAGAAAAAUGUACAAGUCCAAAGAAGAAGAGGCGCUUCGAAAAAUCCUAUCAAAGCACUAGCUACAAGAACUGACAUCGUUAAUGAAUAUACGGAGGUAAUAACCGGCGUUGCGGAGAGAGAAAAGAAAAGACUUAAUAUUGAAAAACUGGCCAAAAAUUCGAAUAAAGCUCUCGAAGCUUUAGCUGGUUUGGCAAGCAAUGAAGACUUUAAAUCAGUUGCCUUAAAAAAGUCAUCAAAUCCCGUCGGGUACCUGCCUUGGAAAGACUUGAUGCUUUUGCAGGUGAAAGGUAGAAGACAUAUACAAACGAGGCUCGUAGAGCCUGUACCUAGCAGUAUUAACGAAGGCGAUAAUUACAUUUUGGUCACUCCCAAUGCUCUAUAUACGUACACAGGUGCCUACUCGAAUGUGAUAGAGCAAUCUAGAACUUCGGAUAUAGUUAAACUUAUCCAGAAAACGAACGAUUUGGGAUGUAAAGUAGACAAAGUACAUAAUAUUAACGCUAAAGAUACAAACUCGAGAUACUCUUUAGAAUUUUGGAAAACGUUAGGUGCCAAUAGUAUACCAGAAACAGUAGAUGCCGGUCAUCCCGAAGAAGAUGAAUCUUACGAAUCCAAUAUACUCCAUACGAAUAUGAUAUAUACAUUGGAGAAUGACGAACUCGUACCAUUCGAUAAAUAUUGGGGCACAAUACCGAAAAUUGAAAUGCUUAAAGAGACGAGUAUAAUAGUUUUUGAUUUUGGAUCUGAAAUGUACGUUUGGAGCGGUAAAAACGCUCCAUUAGAAAAAAAGAAACUGGCUUUGAAAUUGGCUAAAGAAAUGUGGGAUGAGGGCUACAAUUAUUCAGACUGUAACAUUUGUCCUUUGAAUAUUUCUAGUAUACUCGGCGCUAGAAAACAAGAAAUUCUACCAUUAAAAGCGGAUAAACGACCCGAUUGGGCUUUAUUCGCUAAAAUAACCCAACAUAGAGAACCGGUCCUUUUUAGAGAGAAGUUUCUAGAUUGGCCGGAUUUUUCCAGAGUAAUUAGAGUGAGAAGUAACGAAUACAUCCAAAAAGCGAGUGGCUCUAUCGAUAUUACUCCUUGCAACGUAGACGACAUGCUCAAAGAAAAAGACAAGGAACCGGAUUUAGUUGUCGAACACACACAUCUUGGUAGGGGCGAUAAAUAUUUUGAUGAAGAAACCCGACGUUUAUUCGAAUAUGAAUCGCUCAAACUUAACGGUUGGAGAAUUUUGGAGAAUACUUAUGAAGAAUUACCAGAAAAAUCUCUGGGGCAAUUUUACGAUGGGGAUAGUUAUAUAUUUAGAUGGGACUUUCGACAAACUGUUAAAGGAAGAGAAUUAACUGGAAAACCUUCGAAACAUGCUGCAGUCGGAAGAGACAGAUGCAUUUUCUUUUGUUGGCAGGGGAACGAUUCUUCGACGAAUGAAAAAGGAACUGCAGCUUUGCUUACCGUCGAGCUUGACAAGCAGAACGCCCCGCAAAUUAGGGUAGUUCAGGGUUCGGAACCGGCGGCUUUUUUGCGGCUAUUCCACGGAAACAUGGUAAUUCAUAGAGGUAAACGGGAUAUCGUUGAAAACUUGGAGUCAUCAAAAUUGUUUCUAGUUCGAGGUGAAAACCUUGAUGAAAUUUAUUUGAUGGAGGUACCGUUGCGCAUGAGUUCGUUACGAAGCAAAUCGUCGUUUGUCAUUGUGAAUGUUGAGGAUGAGCAGAUAAUCAUUUGGCAUGGUAUUAAAUCGAGCAGCCAAAAGAGAAAAGUGGCCAAAAAGGCAGUCGAGAAUUUAAUGAGAUAUAAACCAUCAGAAUUAAACUUGGACCGAUUUGAUGAAGAUCUAGAUAUUAUUGAGCUUAGAGAAGGCGAUGAAUCUGAAGAAUUUUUUAAUAUAAUCGGAAAAGAUAGAGACAGUUAUUAUUCUUUAGUAAACAAAGAUGAAGAUACUGAACAUACUGCCAGAUUAUUUAGAUUGAGUAGCAUUACUGGCGAUUUCGUAGCUACUGAGAUCCUAUGUCCUCACAGGAGUGAACAUUCUAGUCCUUAUCCUUUCGUGCAAUCAGAAUUAUAUUCUUCUAGUCAACCAGCUUUAUUUUUAAUCGAUAACAAUCACGAACUGUGGCUAUGGCAAGGCUACUGGCCGGAAAAGGAUGAUGAUGAUGAAGAUUUAUCUGAUCAAACAGGUUCGGGUGCGGUUCGGUGGCAGGCCGAACGGAGGGCCGCAAUGCAAACGGCCAUUAAUUAUUGGAAAAAACGCCAUGGUCACAAACCUGUUGUCGGUUAUCUAGUAUGGGCGGGUUUAGAACCACUUCAGUUUAAAAAUAUGUUUCCUGCUUGGGAAGAUAGAUCGGAUAUUGCUGAAUUGAAUAAAAAAGAAGGGAAAAGGGACGGAGAUAUAAUACCAUUGGAAAAAGAACUGACACUCUUAUCAAGAACGACUUACCCAAUAUCAGAACUUCUCCAGAGGCCACUGCCAGAAGGAGUCGAUCCAACAGUUAUAGAAAAAUAUCUUUCGCCUACCGAUUUCCACGAAUUAUUUUCUAUGAGUAAAGAGGAUUUCGAUAAAUUACCGCCUUGGAAAAAAACUGCCCUCAAAAAAAAUAAAGGACUGUUUUGACCGUUAUUCAGUUAUUUCGUUGAGUGUCUAUUGAGUGGUUGCUUUGAUUAUACAAAGUCCAAUGAUUUUAUUUAAUGUUGUAAUUUUGUUAUCUCUUUUAUCAUUCACUACAAGAAAUACACGAGAGCAAGAACGGACCUUCAAAAAUAGAUCAUUUCAUUGUCUUUGUAAAUUGAGCUUUUGGACACUUUAAUUGUCCAUAUUUUUUUGUCUUAAUAACCCUAAAAAACUUUUAUUUAUUAUUUUUUUUCAAAUUAUGGUAUUUUAAUCUUUUAGGGUACAUUUCCCCUAUGACCUUGACCAUUUUUAGGCUCAUUCUGGGCAUUUCCAUUUUUUAUAGUGUACGAUUUUAUAUCGACAGUCACUAACCUAACCUAACUUAUAAUAAGGAAAUUAUGGAACAACUCUUUUGACUUCGGUUGGCACCCUAUACAUGCACUUGUUCAGAAUGACCCAAAAAUGACAUAUGUCAAUGUCAUUAGAUUGAAUUUCAGUUGGUCUAAAACAUUUCUUGUAGUACCUAAAGUGAUAUAAAUAUUUUUUUUAUAGCAUAUCAAAAAAUUUUUUAUCGGAUAUUAUAAAAGUGUUUGUUUUGUAUUUUUGUUAAAUUUUUUUUGAAAAAAAUCUAACAAGAGCAUUAUAGAAAUAUUGACGCCAAAAAAACGUUAUUAUUUUCUAUUACAUGACUUCUUGUGAAUCAAGUGUCGUAAUUAAAUCAAAAUCUAAGAUACAAAAACUUGUUAUUUAUUUAUGUUUUUAAAACGAAAAUAUACCAGAAGAUCCAAAACUAACUAUGUAACAAAAAAAUGAAAGGGGGAUUUUCAUUUUUUUAAUUAUUAUUUAUUACUAUAGAAGCGUGAAUUGAUAUUUUGUAAUUAUUUAAAAUAAAAUAAAAUUAAACUAGAAAUUUCGUCAUUAUAGCAUUCAUAGAUCCAUACUGAUUUCAUUAGAAUGUUUUUUUCAUGAUUUUUAUGCCUAAAUAUGAUCUAGCAACUGGAAAAUCAAGUUAAAAUAAGUGUAAUGUGAUUAGUUAUCUGCGAGUUUUUCAAAAAUUUUGUAUUAAGACGUCUAAAGACAAGGGGGCUUCCAAUUUUAAAAAUGUGCACAGGAUUUUACUAUAAGUAUUAAUUUUUUCUAAUAUUUUUACCGCAAUUUAAUCAAAGUUGCAGUUGCAUUAUAAAUAUAUGUGGUCCUUUAAAAGAUUUUUAUCUGUUUUUGAAAAUAAUUUUCUAUUAACAGAGAUCUAAAAUCAUCAGGAAAAAUAUAUAAAAAGCUCUUAUAAGGACGAAUUUAGGUUUUUUUUUAUUUUCAAAAGAUUAAAAAUGAAUUUAUUAUACCUGGAGUGGAAAUGAUUUAAAAGUUUAAAACAAACCUUAAUAAUAAAAAAAAUAUUAAAUUCUCCGGAUUUAUGAAUAAAUUAUACUAUCCACUUGACAUAUUAUCUUGGAAAAUUUUUUUGUUCCUAUUUAGAAACUUUUUGUUUAAAUUUCUUAGAUGUUCAAAGUGUUUGGAAAAUUUUCAGAAGAAUAAACCUAUUUAUUAACUUUUUAUAUUAAUAACUAGGAGAUACAUAAUGAAGUACGACUUUUUUUAUUUCAACUUAUUUCCCGUCCAAAAGAACUUUUAUUAACUUUCUUAACUGUUGAUUAAGGAUCAAGACAGUUGUAAAAAGAGAAAAAAUGGAAAGAAUUCGAAAAAUGGUUACAAAUAGAGAAAAUAUUGUGAAGUAGAAGUUGAAAAGGUAAGAGAACAAGCUGGGAAAUUUAUUACACAAAACAAAUGUGAUUUUCAUCUUCAGUAAUUGCAUCAAAACUAUUUAUCACUCUGAAGAUGAUAACUUGGCUAUAGAAACGUUCAUUUGAUUUUUCUAUUCUGUUUAGUUCUAAUAAUAUAUUUUAAAAAUACCAAUAAAAACCUUUAUGAUUUAUUAAAAAAUUAAAUACAUAAAUAUUUGUGUUUCUUUUUAAUUUUUUUUGUAAUAUUUAGUUUUGGAUUAGCUUGAUAGAGUCGAUUUCAAAAUUUUAAAAAAAUAUAUAUAUACAAAAUAGUUUGUUUAACUAAAAAUUAGAAAAAACAAAUUUUGAAACUGCCAUAUAAAAAUUAGCUUUUAUAUUACAACAAAUGAAUAACAUAACAUAUAUAUUCUUUAAAAUAAAAAGUGGGAAAAUAAAAUAACUUUAAAUUAAAAAUCUAUUUGUUUAUGUACAAACAUUUGAGAUUUUCUAAUACAGAUACCUUUGUACAUUUUGAUCAUUCAUGUUGGAUGAAUAUAAAAAGUUUUGGAAUUUGUUAUGAAAGUGUGUUCAUUUUUAGAAAAAGAUUUUUUAUAUCUAACCAUAAACUACUAACUCCGUCCUACUAACAAAUUUUACAAUAAUAAUAAAAUUAUCAACUUAACGUAUCUUGACAAUUUAGCAAGCAAGUCUACCAAUAACAGUAAUGACGUUUCUUUUCCAUAAAAUAGAAUGGACAUACUGAAUAGCAAACAGGUCUACCAAUAACUAUAAUGACGUUUUAUCUCUAUGAAAGUGCAAGGACAUACUGAAUAAUCAACAAGUCUGGCAAUAAUCAUGUUGACGUUUUUUAUCUAUAAAAUUGACUCGAUGUAAUGAAUAACAAACAUGCCUACAAGUAACAAAAUGACUUUUAUCUCUACAAAAGUGAGUGGCCGUACUGAAAAACAAACAGGUGUGCCAAUAACUAUAAUGACAUUUAAUUAAACGGACGUACUAAAUAAUAAACAAGUCUACUAAUACCACUAUGAUUGCGUGUAUUCUCUAUACAAUUGAGUCGAUAUAAUGAAUAACAAACAGAUCUACUAAUAUCUAUAACGACGUUUCUUUUCUAUGAAAUAAAGUGGAUAUACUGAAUAGCAAUCAGGUCUACCAAUAACUUCAAUGACAUUUCAUUAAUAUAAAAUUGAAAGGACUUUCUAAAUGUCAAAAUAAUUUUCGGAUUAUUAUCUUAGGGGAAUUUUAACGAAUGCUUAUUAUUAAAAUGUCAUUAAUGACGUGUAAAGGUAUUUGUAUUAAAAGUUGUAUAUUAUAUCCUGGUAUAUUUUAGUGAUUUGUUUUUAUAAAUAAAGAAAUUUUUGUUAUGAAUUGUAGCACAGAUCUAUUCAAAUAUUACAUUUUUGAAUACCUUGAGAAAUUCCAAGUAGGGCAAAAAAUGCAUUCGAUUCUUUCCGUUUUAAAUUUAAUUAAUAAAAAAAGUAUUAUUAGAUCAGUGCUACAAUGCGAAUAGUUUUUAUAAAAUAAUCAUUACAAUUUGACCCAUUAUGAUAUCGCGUACGAGAUUCUAAAUAUUAGUUUAAAAUUGAGGAUAUGCAUAAUCGCUUUGAAAUAAAUCAUUGAAAUAUUUUAAGAUGAUCCAUAAAAGCUAGUCCAUUAUGUGUUCUUAAUAAAAUUAACUUGAUAUUGAUUUUUUCUCGGAAAUAAUACGGUUAAUUAACGAAAAUUUUAACCUACUAUGAUAUUAAUUCAACCAGAUUAAUUUUCAUUUCCAAAAAACUCAACAUUGAAUGAUAUUAAUUCAUAGGAGCCAAGUUCAAUUUACUUUUUCAAAAAAUUAACUUGAAAUGAUAUUAAUUCUAAAGGGAUAAAUUUCACAUACAUUUCUAAAAAAAUUUCUAUUUUCUAUUCAAGAACCUUUUCAUUACAUUUAUUCGCUAUUUAUAGUUUUUGAAUUUUCAAAAAACUAAUCACAUUUUUAUAUAAAUUAUUGUUGUAAUUUUUCUGCACAGAAAAACGCUUUCGGUACUAAUUUCCGUUCACCCAAUUUUGAUUUUCUGUGGUACGAUUUAUUUGCAAGUAAAUGAAUUGUGAAACAAUCGAAAAAUUUUUUGAAAACCAUAUUUUUUCCCAAAGACAUCUUUGAAAAACAACUUUAUUAGAGAAUUUUAAGAUAUUUUUGGACUUGGUUUAUGAUGGACCAUUCUGAAAUUGACGCUUGCGUUGAAUUAUUAAUAUUUUUUAUAUUAUCUGUGAUUAGGUUAUGUAUUUAUGUUAUAACGUACGAUUAUCCGCGUAUUGAUAUCCCAACUUUUUGAAAUCCCAAUGAUUCAUUUUCCUAGAUAAUUGACACCGCAAAAAAAACCAGUACAGUGAGCAAUCUCUUUAGAAAAUAUUAGUCAUAAGUAAAUGCAAUUUGGAGAGUGUGUUAAAAAUUUGAACUGUAGUCAGUUCAAAACUGAUAGUACUUUGAUUCCCUGUCUCUAGUUUAAUGGACAACGUCGGAAUAAGUGAUGAAUCAUCAACUCUGAAAGAUACACCAUCACUAACUGACGCACUUUUCAAUAGCCAAGUUAUUAUUUUUGAGACCGAAAUAAAGUAUUUAUGAGUGUUUUCAUUCUUUUAUAAGAGUGUGAGAUUGUUGAUCCAAAGACAGUAAAAGAGACAGUAAAAACAUAAAAAAUCCGAAAAGUAAUGGAUUUUUCCAAUUUUCUAGACCAGAAUAUCCCCUUAACUCACAAUCUAUAUCUGUUUACCCAAAUUUUACAAGAUUGGAAUUUUUAUUUGUCGGUGGUUGAGAAUGAAUCAGAGCUGUUGAGAUAUCAAUACUGGAUAUACCAUAAUAAGCUUGUAUAUAUUCAAAGUGUAAAUAAAUGAGGUGCCUUGUAAUUUUCCGGAAUUGAGAGCUCUCAAAAUUUUUGAGUUGCUUAACAUUUCUAGUCUUCGUGAUUCUCAUGGCACUGAUUUUUUUUAAGUUGUUUCUAUGAGAUUUUUCACGUUUUCAAGCUUUUAAUACAUUGAACUAGAUUGUAAAUAUAUUGUAAACUCAUUUUAACUACAAAUUAGUGAUUAUAAAUAACUAUGAUACCAAAAUUAAAUUCAUUAUUGUCAUUUCUUGAUUAGUAACCUAAAUAUUUUGUAUUCGCUUCUUCACUAGUAAUAUUAUUUGUCAAAAACUGUAUCCUUUAUUAUUUAUCCAAAAUAUUGCGUUUUCUAAUGAUACUGUAAUGUUUUUCUUAUUUAUUUAUACGACUUCUAUUCAUGGGUUGAUUUAAAAACAAUAUACUACACUUAACUAACUUAAUAAUUCACUUAUCACUAUCACUUGAAUAAUUUAUAUAAAUUAUUUGAUUACUUUCUAUUUUGGUCUGUUCACUACGAUUAUUUAUUAUAAACUAACUCACUGCGCUACAUGAACUCCUUAUAUAUAUGUAUAUAUUCCAAAAGAACUCUUCUAGAAAAUAAAAAAAAACAAAUAAAUAAACAUUCAUAGAAAUAAAAAUAUAUACUAAAAAAUCAUGUAAAAUAAACACAUUUCGCGCUUUAUAAAAAGUAUGUGAAAGGUGUUGUGCGCCUUCGCCGAAUUUUAGAAUUCUACUACAUCUAGGCAGGACCGGCUCCAGGACCGAGAUGCGUUCGUAAUAAUACGUUUGGAAAAUUGUUUACCUAAGCUACAAUUUUGAAAGAGUGGCAAUCGCCGUUUUGGAUUUUCGAUAAAAAAACAAAUCAACUUACUGAGAAAAUCCGAUAUUUUGAGCCGUGCGUUUUUACUUGGAAAAAGCAUUUUUUUAAAAAUCUGAUAGUUUCUUUAUUCUUCAUUUAACUACACACAUUCCAACUUAUUGGAAGAAUACCUUUAUAUAAUUUUUGUAAUGAAGAUAAUGUAGCUGAACCGAAAAGUCCUACUUAAAAAAUACUUUUGGACGAGUUCUGAAAGUUUGGUGAUACCUGCAAACAAUAAUUUUCAAUAGAAGACGCUCGAAAUUUCUUGUAACUUCUUUGUUCUUCUGGAAUUUCAUUUUCUAUGCCGCAUAAUUCAAAAUUUGGAUACACGUUUCCAUAUUUGUGAAUUUUGAAUGAUUUUCACUUUAUUAUAUAUUAGAACUAUAAUGGAAAAAGGAAAUAAAUGGAAGAAGUGAAUUUUCCGUUUUUGAUCAAUAGAAAUUAUCCACUUUAUUAUAUGAUCCAUGACAAAAAAAAAACAUAUUUUGCAGUGUUUGAAAGUAUAUUUUAUCAUAUUUAAGUACAUUUUUUUAGUUGUUUCAUUUAAUCAUUUACUAAUUUGGAGUUUUUAUGAUGAUUUUGUAUAUUGAAGUAGUUGCUAAAUAUUCAUUGUGUGUUUCAAUUGUUAUGCUCAAACUAAAAAUAUGUCACCAGAUUAUACAAUUUUUGAGUAAUAAUAAAUGGGGUAAUUGAAUUUUUCAAAAAGUAUUUAUUUUUGGUUUUUGAUAUGAAAUAAUGUCAGAAAGUAAAAUAUUUAAAUAAAAGUGAAAAAGUAUCUGAAUAUUCAAUUGAAAGGUGCAAAAAUUUCAAAUUUUUAUCUACAUAAGAAAACGAUUCUCAUUUGUUUUCAGUUAUGACGUCAUACGUUUAAUAAAAACAUUGAGUUGUCUGCUUUAUGAUCACGAGGUUAUCGUUGCCGGCAACGUAGCCUAAGUUAAUGAACCUUUUAUAGGUUAAGUUCUUACAUUAUUACAUAAUUAACCUGAUUACCAUAAAAUAUCAAAAGAAGUUACAAUUUUUCAAAUUAAUCACAGUUUAAUAAUGACGCUCAUUUUAGAAUAAACGAGUGAAUAAUGUCAAGCAAUAUGGUGGACUUAAUGAAAUGUUUAAACUACCUACAAAAUUUUUGAAUUUUCAAUAAUUUUUUUAAUUAUAAAAUGAAGUUGUAUCUAAUAAUAAAUAACUAUUCGAAACUAUAUUUUCUCAAAACAUGCAAGUACCCCAUUUUUCUUAUAAAAUCAAUACUAAUCUCAAAUUUGAACUUUUUAUUUAUAUACAUUCUUUAUAUUAGAAUAAUGAACUAUUAUUUAUUGGUAUAAUGAAACUGAAGAUAUGAAGUAAUACUUCCCCUUUUCACCUUAAACCAAACAAAACGAAAUGAUAGUAAUUCAGAACAUCUAAGGUGAAAUUUUACGUUAAAACUCGGCGCUGACUUAGAGCGUCAAUUGAGGUCACGUGGUAUUUGACGGGAGCGUCGUCUUAAAUUAUCGCAGCGUCAAAACUAAACAUUAUUUAGCUUUCUAAAUCGGGUAUUAAGCAAAAAACUCAACCUAUAGUAUCAGCUUUUACAGUAUUUUAGCAACUUUAACGAUAUAAAAAUAAUUCACUCAUUUAGGCUAAAAAUUGAAUCAAGUAAUUAUUGAAUAAAUCAUCUGUUGAUAGAGGUGGUGUAUUGUAAUGAUUUUUUCAGAGUUUUGAAGCUUAUAUUUGAAAUUGCACUUAUUUGAGAUAGCGAAUCAGUCGAAAUUAUUUCACGUAACUUCAGUUAACGCUCCAAGUUCGCGUCGAGCGUCAAAAUGAAAUUGCAACUUUAGACAAUGUUAUUUAUAAUUCCAUACACUUUUCAUUGUAAUUCGUAAUUAUAUGUUUUAUUAUAUAGACACAUAUAUUUAAUAUAUAUUUUCAAAUUAAAUGAAUCUAGUGACUAUUUAUCGAACCCUAUUUCAGCGAUUCACUAAUUAAUUAAGUAAUGUUCUUGAUAACACAUUUAAUUAAAGAUGCGCACAAACUUUGUAUGAUAUAUAGGUUUUAAUGAAAUUUUAUGUAAUCACCAUUUUUAAAAAACUUUACAUAUAUUUUUAAAAGAUAAACAUUAUUUAUUAGAUUAUUGAAUCAGCUGGCCGAAUUUAUGUAAUUGUGUAAAAUUUUUAAUAUGAGUCUUUUCUAUACUUAAAUUAAGAACAUAAUUUGUGUAAUAUCAUAUAACAUUUUUGAUUAAUAAAUAUUUUCACAAGA